AUGCCGACGGAUAGCACAGAGUUGGCGGAGUCGGCCACCAUGAAGGGCAUCAAGCUGCAGAAGAUUCACGACUAUGGUAUUCUGCUGCCGCAUGACCUCAAGGAUGGCACGCCGAUGAGUCUCUGCAGCGAUCUUGCCGUCCUCUUGAAAAAGAAGGAGAAGGAGGAGAAGAAGGAGGAAGACGGCAUUCCAGCGGAGGAGCUGGACGACGAUGAGUACAAUGAGCUCUUCGACGCGAAGGCGUUCGUGUAUGAUUCCAGCAAGAACGAUUGGGACCACGGAGAUGCAUUGACCUCCGGUGGGGAAGCUGACGUUGAUGUUGGCGCAGAUUGCGCCAACGACGAGGUUGAAGAUACCUCAUGCGGUGAGAAGUCGCCGCUUAGCAGCCCACCGAGCCCUAGUAGCCAGGUAACGGCGCCAACACGAAAGUCCAGCGGCAGGGGCCGGCGCCGCCGCCCGAGAUCCCGAGCCGCAGGAGCUGGCAGAACCGCAACCCUGCACACGGUGUGGGACUUGAGUGGCUCGUCGGAGGACACCUGUGACUGUGACACGAAAGAACAGCGACAAAAGCUCGACCGGUACCGCGAGAUAUGUUUCUGUCUCUAA